AUGGGCUUGAUCAUAUCGAUUGCUUUGGUAGCGUUAGCUGCGACUAUCGCUUGGCUUGUAUACACUUACUUCCUCUCCCCUUUGGCCUCCAUCCCUAAUGCAGGAAUUCUGGCUCCCGUCUCCCGUAAAAUCACGCUGAAGUUAUCCAAACUUCACCAAAGGCUUGGUCUCCUCGUCCGGAUCGGGCCCAACCAGAUCUUAUUCUACUCCCUCGAUAUCUACAAAACAGUGCAUGCACCGAAUAGCCCGUUCGUUAAAGACCCUCGCGAUGGCCACCCUGCGCUGUUUUCGAUCACUAACACGAAGGAACAUGCCCAGCGUCGACGUCACAUGGGUAUUCUUUUUAAUCGUAGCAAGGUUCCCGCGUUGACCGAGAUAAUACUAGAGCAGAUCGAUAAGUGGAUCGUGUGUUUGAGUCUGGCCACGAUAAAAGGGCCUAUUGAUCUCGGACCGUCUUGUCGCGCCUUAGAGUCAGAUAUUGUUUGUGAGCUUGCGGUUAUUAAGGAAAAUGAUCUCAAGUCCUCGAAGAUGUCAGUGUAUGUGAACUUUCCGCUUGCUGUUGGUUUAUGGUACUCGGUCGCAGCCUGGAUUUACCGACUCUCCGACUGGGAGGUAUUCUCGGUGAUUAGCUCGCAGCGCUUCGACAAGUGGGCCGAUUCCCAACUUAUCGCAACGAAAGACAGUGAGAAGGCGCCCCGUCUAUGCUUUUUUAAAGUCAUGGCCGGGGCCAGAGUGUCCGAGCAGUCCGCACUCUCGGAAGCCAAGGAGAUGCUCGGUCCCGGCACCGAUAUAACGUCUGCUACUCUGGCUUAUAUUAUAUAUGUACUGUCGCUCAACCAAUCCUUCCAAGCGGGGCUAGUGGCCGAGCUGGACGCUUCCGGAUGGCCCAGCGAUAUGUCCGUCCUGGAAGCCAUCCCCCGCCUGGUAGCCUGCGUUAAAGAGGGAAUUAGAUGGACCGGGGCCGCAGCCGUAAUGCUUCCGCGCAUUGUGCCGCGCGUGGGAUCUUCGCUGGUGGGGAAGUAUCUUCCGGAAGGGGAAAAGAACGACACGACGUCGCGGCGAGAUGACUACUAUAUCCCGUUCUUUAAGGGCGCGUCUACGUGUAUUGGUAAUCACUUUGCAUAUCUCGAGCUAUAUCUGUUUCUCUCGCGGCUGCUUAAGCGAUACUCCAUCCACCCGGCAGAUCUGUCCGGUGCUAAUGCUUUGGAUCACGAAGCUGUUCUUCCACCGCGACUGGAGUGGGUUGCUGCUGUGCCGAUGAAUCGGCUAGAGGUGGUUCUACAGGAAAGGUCGUAG